GUAUCAUACACUCAGAAAAACUUUGUUCUCUGCUUCGGGAAUCGAAUGGUAGGUAUCAGCUCUACGGACAGCAUAUCGAAGGCAUUAGAUCCAGAAGAGAUCCUAAACAGCUCACUAAACACCCUCUACGGCUAUCAACCUAUCACUCUUUCAUCCUCAGGAUCACUGUUUGAAUACACUCUACAUUCGGGAGGCUCAUGGAGCGGAGAUAACAAGCCAUCCACACUCGUGCUUCGUACACCCGACACACGUUCUUCUAAUUGGUCUCUUCACGCCUCAUCGAUAUGGGCAUCAUCGAGAUAUUUAGCAGACCACUUUGACGAACUGGGUCUCCCGGACUUGAUCGGAGAUAAAGAGGCAAGUCAACCUGAAUCGAGCUGUUUUCGUCUAUUGGAAUUAGGUGCUGGUGCCGGUCUUCCAGGAAUCGUGAUCGCAAAGACCCACCAAAGACUACGGGUCACGAUCAGCGAUUAUCCUGACCAGCAGCUCAUCGAAACCCUCUGCGAGAAUAUCUCUAGAAACGCCGUGGAAGGGAAUUGUAAAGCCAUAGCAUACGCUUGGGGUUCAGAAUCAAACUCUCUUUGUGAUGAUGGUACACACCCUCAGGAACCAACCAGGCUAUUCGACAUGAUCAUCGCUGCCGAUACGGUAUGGAAUCCAGACCUUCACUGCGUUUUCAUUGACUCUCUCAAAAUGCUGCUGAAGAGGACGGAAGGAGCAUGUAUUCAUCUGGUGGCUGGGCUUCAUACCGGAAGGUACACUUUACAAUCAUUCAUAAGAGCCGUUGCUCAAGCGGGACUUGUCGUCGAAUCUGCGAUCGAGCGAGAGUUGAAUGGAUGUUCAAGUCGCCCUUGGAAUGUGAAGAAGGCAGAAGAAGAGGAUGAGAAAGAGAGGAGGCAAUGGGUUGUUUGGAUAACGAUAAGAUGGCCGAUGCAUAAAGAUAGAGAGUGAUAUCCUUGACCCAGACUUCCGACCGUGUCAAGAACAUUGUCAUUGUCUACCCCUAUCCAUACCGCGACUCACUAUACAUAUAUGCAAUACAGUGUGGUCGACCUAACUUGAGGUCAUGUCAAGAUAGACCCACCCGGAGGCGGCUGUCCAAGAACUCGAAUCAUUGGGUGACUGGCCGGAUGGAAAAUUCCGAGGUUCAUGCAAUCGCUGCACAGGUCAUAUUGAUCAACGCACGUAUUGCUGUUGGAAGAUGCGAGGGUUAUCGCUAUCGCAAGAAAACUGAAAAAGACCCUUACUUGACACAAUGGUACCUGGGGCCAACGAUGGGGUAUAAACCACAACCAUCACAACUUUGCCCAAAGUGGUAGGUCCACAUUGUUGGAGUGGACAGGCAAAUGUAACGAUGGGUACUUGGAUGAUCGGUGGGUGGACGCGCCGCGCAAGACUGACACAGAUCGUAAUCCGGGCACGUUUUACAAUGAAAUCGCAUUCCUCGAAGAGGACGUUGUUGACAACUGUCGCAGGUUAUUUGAAGGUGUAUGAUAUCGGUGUCGCGAAUAAGAUCUGGUCCUAUGAAGCGUACGAGCAAAAUUGGAUGGUUUCUAGGAUGCUGAAAUGUGGGUGGAGGGUUAUCGCAGCAGUUCGAGCAUAUUUUGAAGUCUGGGCAUCUAGAUUUGAGCAUUCUGUUCAUAAAAGAAAUAGUGAAGGACGGAAAAAAACGUUUACUCUUUACACCUGUAUGUCGACCCAACGAUUGGAUUCUGGAGGCAGCCGUCACACUGAAGUCCGUGGUGUAUUUCAAGCAAGUUCCCGGCGUUUGCUGCGGGUUCACGUUGCGAUUCGGUGUAUGACGGAGGAGAGACGUCUGAGCUCAUUGUUGAAAGGCACUUGAUGAUAAACAACAAGCAACUCCGCUGCAGGCGCGUCUCUUGUCUUUACUCUCCCACCACCCCUUUCAUUUUUGUACAUUAUAUCCUCUUUUUGCUCUGUUAUGGAUUCACCUGAUAUCAGUCCAGAGAGGGUGGUUAAGAUCACAUACAAGAGCCGAGCCAAGAAAAAGAGAGAGCUGGAGGAUGAUCACGAUGCCCAAUCGGUGGCUUCUGUAGCGACUAACGAGCUCGAAAAGGAAAAGCCGAUCUCAAUCUCGAAAAGAUCUCCAGUAAGACAGCAGAAAGCUUCGGAAAUGAGGCCACCUGACAGUCCCUCAUCUAAGAAGUUGGAAUUUAAGGUACCUGAAGUCUCUUACCAGCGUCAACGUUGCGAUUCCAAAAUACCGGACUCCGUGGCAAAUGAGAAGAAGACAUCCCACAUACGAUCUAAAUCAUCUCUGAAAUCUCUGAAACAACUUAAAGUCUUGUCUUCCUCGCCAUCAAGCUCUAUACACAAGCCUGUCUUUCGAUCUCACAAGCCUAACUCGUCGGUCUCGCUCAAGAAUCCUACACCCUCCAAUUCGGAGUUCGACGACGACGCUUCUGUAGCCGAAUCUAUCCUGAGCACUACCAAAGUCCGCCGUACAGAAGCUGAGCGUAUUGAGUACUUCAAGAAUCAGCCUGAAGCCAGCGACGUCGAACCAUAUCACGUCAUAUGUCUUCGUUGCAAGAAGACAGUCAACUUACGCAAAAGACAAACAUAUUCAGUCAAGCCUUGGGAAAUUCAUCGAGCACGUUGCGACGCAAAGGUACCCUCUGGGUUGUUUGACGAAACAUCUACACAUACUGCCAAAGAGAACGACAACAAAUCUCAAACUGGUACAACCACCACAACAACUCGCACAAAAACCACAGAAGCAGAGAGAAAGACAAUAUUAGAGUGUGAAGCGGCCGAUGUGAAGCCGGACGAAGCCCUCUGUAAACGAUGUAAGAAGUGGAUACGUCUGGGUAACGGUAAUUCCAAGUAUAGCCUGGGUAAUUGGUCAAGUCACCAAGCGAGAUGUGGUGGCGUUGUCCCCAGCAGUCGAGUUGCGACUGCAGAACGAAAGUUACGCAUCGUGAAUGAUCCAAGAGCUAAAGCGUUCGGACCGAGGCACGUUGAAUGUGUAACAUGUGGCAAGUCGAUUGUUCUGGAAGGCGAAGCUGAUUAUACCCUCGCAUCUUGGGAAAAACAUAAGACGGAAUGUCCAAAUUCCGAUACCUCAGCGAAACAAGUAGCCCCGGAGACAUGUUCUGCACCCAACGGUGUACCAAUGCCGCCACCCUCUGUGGAAUCUUCUUCCACGGUAGUUUCCCCAGAGGGAGCAGAAAGCAGUGGUCCUCAAAAGAGUGGCGUGAAGCGUUGUUUGGAGGAAGAAACUGAGGACGCCACAGAACCACCGUCUAUUAGGCCGAGAACGGAAGUUUACGCUCCUUCAGAGAAAGAAGCCCCUUCUGCCCUAGGCUGGUUUCUGUUGCCUUUCCGUUCCUUUAUUCGUGGUUUCAAAGAGAGUCUCAGCUAAUUAUGAUGUUCCCUGUCCUUUUCAAGUUGGUUCCCACUCGUUUUGUAUUUCUAGUCGAUACCGCCAUCUAGUCUUUUGUUUAUUCUUGUCCUUCGUUGCAUUAUUCCUUCUACAACAAAUAAUCUUUCCUUUGUUUUGCUGGAUUGCCGAAUGGUAGAGGCUUGUGGACCUUGGCC